AUGGCACGGGGUUAUAAGGGAGGGGAGCGUGAUUGGGGUGGAGUGCUGCGUUCAGGUUGGGACGUCUGGUUGCGGGCGGACAUAACGGUUGGUGCGUGGCGCGGGGAAGAGGACUUGGCGCCGUGUGGGGACGAGACGCGGGGUAGGGGAGGUGGUGUGGGAUUGGGGACGUGGGGGUUGAGGCAUGGCGUGGAGGUGGGUCAAGGCGCGGGGUUGGGGGUGUGGCGUGUAGUUGAGGGCGUGGCGCGGGAUGUGGAGUGGCGCGGGGUUUGGGGUGGAGUGGACGCCGGCGCCGGGCCGCCCCGCGCGGCCGACGAUGCCAUCAUGAGCUCCUCGACGCACCUCAGCGAGAGCAACAUCCGCCGCUAUGGCAAGGCGCACAGGUCUGCAUUCAAACGUAUAGCCUAA